AUGCAGCACAGCGUCCCAGAUCUGAGCGACAAGUCUUUGCUCAAGAACCAGACUUACAUCAAUGGCAAAUGGGUUAAUGCAAAGUCGGGCAAGACCUUCGAGGUCUACGACCCGGCUUCUGGGAAGCUUAUAGGCACAAUGCCGGAGAUGGACAAGGAAGAUACACAGGAAGCGAUCAAAGCUGCUGCGGCUGCGCUACCAGAGCUGAAGAAGACUACGGCACGACAACGGUCGAAGUGGCUGCGAAAGUGGUACGAUCUGAUGAUGGAGAAUGCGGAAGAUCUGGCGAAGUUGAUCACAUGGGAGAAUGGAAAGCCGAUAGCAGAUGCCAAGGGAGAAGUCAACUAUGCUGCCAACUUCUUCGAGUGGUUCAGUGAAGAGGCACCUCGAGCAUACGGCGAUACCAUCCUUCCAAGCAUUCCCGGAAACAGAGUCUUCACGAUCAAGGAGCCCAUUGGUGUUGCUGGCUUAAUCACGCCAUGGAACUUCCCAGCUGCUAUGAUCACCCGCAAGAUUGGGCCGGCACUGGCAGCAGGCUGUACCGUGGUCGCGAAGUCUCCGGGCGAGACACCGUUUACAGCUGCGGCGCUUGCUGAGCUCGCGCAUCGUGCCGGCAUUCCGCCAGGCGUGGUCAACAUCGUCACAUCACUGGAGAACACUGCAGAGGUCGGCGAGACGAUCACAUCCUCUGAAAUUGUUAAGAAAGUCUCCUUCACCGGCUCAACUCGCGUAGGCAAACUGCUCAUGAAGCAGUCGUCUGAUACGCUGAAGAAGCUUUCCUUCGAGCUUGGAGGCAAUGCGCCAUUUAUUGUCUUCGACGACGCAGACAUGGACACCGCGGUCAAUGGUGCCAUCGCGUCGAAAUUCAGAUCAUCAGGCCAGACUUGUGUCUGUGCGAACAGGAUAUACGUGCAGAAGGGCAUUUACGACAGCUUCGCAAAGGCACUGACAGAGAAAGUCAACAGUUUCAAGGUUGGUGGCGGUUACUCCGAAGGCGUCACUCAUGGACCGCUUAUCCACGAUCGCGCUGUCAGCAAGGUCGAUGCACAUGUCCAGGAUGCUAUCCAACAAGGUGGCAAAGUGCUCACCGGUGGCCAGAAGCUGCCUGACCUCGGCUCGAACUUCUACCAGCCAACUGUCAUACGCGAUAUGACUCCGAGCAUGGACUUGGCGCACGAGGAGACGUUUGGUCCAGUCGCUGGUCUAUUCCCAUUUGACACAGAGGCCGAAGUAGUGAAGCAAGCGAAUGAUUCCGAGGUUGGUCUGGCUGGCUACUUCUUCUCGAAAGAUCUCGCACGCUGUUACAGAGUUGCGGAGGCGCUUGAAGUUGGUAUGGUCGGAGUCAACACAGGUCUGAUCUCGGAUCCUGCUGCACCAUUUGGCGGCGUGAAGCAGUCUGGUUUUGGACGUGAGGGAAGCAAGUAUGGCAUUGAUGAGUAUAUGACCAUCAAGAUGGUGACGAUGGGCGGUCUAGGACAGCCGCUGCAGGGCUCAUGA